GCGUGCGCGUGUUCGACGGCGGUGUCGUGGACGCGCACGCACUGUCAGUAGGGAAACGCUGGCGCCUGCCGUAAUGUGCUCAAGCCGCUUGUCAACGCCGAGCAGAACAACUCAAACAGAAAAAAGUCCUGUUUGCUUCCAGAUGAAGAACUAGAACAGUACGUAGCUUAACCGGAGGGUGAGCGGCAGGUAUCUUCUCGCACAUGAACACGGGUAGACAGGGCAUUCGGGCUAGCUCAGGAGGCUAACAACAACAGGACGGCUAGGCUAACGUGACAGCUAGGCUAACGGUACCGUUAGGUGGAGAGCUACCGUUCACCCAAGCGUACUCCGCUAGCCACAUGCUAAGCUAACGGUACCGUUAGGUUCAGAGCUAAACUAGCCACAAGCUAAGCUAUAAGGCGAAGGGGCUGCCGCGGGGACAUUUCGCGUGUGCAGCUCUUCGGUCUCAGAAGUCUUGACACAGCAGCACGUCUCCCCACUGCCGUGUUUUCAUCUCACCGAGGAGUUUCCGGGACCGGAAUUGUGGGGGGUCGCGGACCGGAGCCCCCCGGCUGCCCAGGCGGACGGGUCCCGCUGACCCACAGAGGCUCGUCAGAGAGACCAAAGUGGAACCAUGGCUGAAACCUCCACCUUAACUCAGUCGCCUUCAGCUGUAGGCGAUCCACCCGCGGCUCCGUUCAUCCCUCCACCCUCCACGGCCCCGCCCGAUCCCAGCGGCCCCGCCGGGGAAGAGCUGUCCACCCCCAAGUCCUUCCUCUACCACGACAAACCCCUGAGCCCCGCCACCGCUACGCCCGCUACACCUGCUGCGCCGGCCGGGGAUUCAACCCCACCUGUCCCCCUGACGGAGCGCGACCUGCUCCCGGGUCUCGCCGAUGGCGCUCCCGCCGUAGCCAUCAGCACCGGCGUUCCGAUCCCCGUGGAAACCGUUGGAACCGCCUCCCAGGGCGACGGCUCGGGAGUGACGGAGGUCCCGGCGACCGCGGCCGACCCCGUGCCGGUUGUGAAACAAGAUGGCGGCGUCCCGGCCAAUCCCGACUCCACGGGUGUCGCCCCGAGCAGCCCCACUGAGCAUGUCGAGCCUCCGGCCGCCAUCACACCGCCACAGGCGUCGCCCACCUCCCCCGGUCCUAAGCCCACCCCUAACCUCUACCCCAGUGUGCACGUCGCCCAGAACCCAAACCCCUCCAUCCUGGACGACGCCCAGGCUGCCCCCAAGCAAGCUCUAGUCCCCGCCCCUAACCCUAACCCAGAGCCCGCCCCCCCUGCUCCAGACUCCGCCCCCAGACCCACACCAGGGGAGACCGCCGCGGCCCCCGCCCAGGAGAAGCCUGCCCAGUCGCCACCGCCGCCGGUACCCCCGAAACCAAGCCCCGGAACCUGGUCCCCAAAGCAUCACUCCCCCCCGGCUACGGGAUUGGCAGAGACCCCCCCGGCGACGCCCUCCCGGGCUGAGCACCCGCCCUACCCCCUCCCGGUGAUCCAGGAGCCGGCCGACUUCUACCUGCCCCCCUCCACCCCCAAGGCGCGGCCCGCCCUGGACACCAUGAGCUACCUGGAGUCGGCCAGCCUGAUGUCGGGCACCCUGGAGUCGCUCUCCGGCCUGGGGGAGGACGGCAGCUCGGUGGGCUCCGACUCGGAGGUCAACGGCGUGACGGCGAGACGCACCGACAAAUACGGCUUCCUCGGCGGGAACCAGUACAGCGAGAGCGGAGAUAAAGACAUCCGGCUGGAGGUGGCCCGGCAGAGAGAGAUGAAAUGGCUGGAGAUGUUCGGCAACUGGGACAAGUGGGUGAAGCAUCGCUUCCAGAAGGUGAAGAUCCGCUGCAGGAAGGGCAUCCCCUCGUCGCUCCGGUCCAAAGCCUGGCAGCUGCUGUCCAACAGCCAGGACCUCCUGGACGCGAACCCCGGGAAGUUUGAGGAGCUGGAGAGGGAGCCGGGCGAGGCCAAGUGGCUGGACAUCAUAGAGAAGGACCUCCACAGACAGUUCCCCUUCCAUGAGAUGUUCGCUGCCCGCGGGGGUCACGGGCAGCAGGAUCUGUACCGCAUCCUGAAGGCCUACACCAUCUACCGGCCCGACGAGGGCUACUGCCAGGCCCAGGCCCCGGUGGCCGCCGUACUGCUCAUGCACAUGCCUGCCGAGCAAGCCUUCUGGUGCCUGGUCCAGAUCUGUGAGCGAUACCUUCCAGGCUACUACAGCGCCGGGCUGGAGGCCAUCCAGCUGGACGGGGAGAUCUUCUUCUCCCUGCUGCGCCGCACGUGUCCCAUGGCCUACCGCCACCUGAAGAAGUUCAAGAUCGACCCCAUCCUGUACAUGACGGAGUGGUUCAUGUGCAUCUUCUCCCGCACGCUGCCGUGGUCCUGCGUGCUGCGCGUCUGGGACAUGUUCUUCUGUGAAGGGGUGAAGAUCGUGUUCCGCGUGGGCCUGGUGCUGCUGAAGCAGAUGCUGGGCUCGGUGGACAAGCUGCGCGAGCUGCAGGGGAUGUACGAGACCAUGGAGCGCCUGAGGAACAUCUCCCCCGACCUGCUGCGAGAGGACGUGUUGGUGCAGGAGAUCGUGGUCCUCCCGGUGACGGAGUCCCUGAUCGAGCGCGAGUGCACCGUCCAGGUGAGGAAGUGGCGCGAGUCCCGGGGCGAGCUGACCCACCAGCCCGGCCGCCGGCUCAACGGCACGCGGGCCAUCCACGAGCAGAAGCGCCGCGCCUCCUCCAUCAGCUCCGGCGGCAGCUUCUCCUUCCUCGGGGGCGGGGGCACGCCGGCCCCCGGCCCCCUCAGGGCCUCCUCCAGCCUGCUGUCGCUCCCGGGCUUCCGGCGCUCCAAGGCGCCCUUCCACGCCCUGGUCAAGAAGGCGUCCUUCUCGGGGCCGUCGGGCGCCGACGCCAUGCCGCCGACGCAACGGCCCCUCGCCGCCGCCAGCCCCGUCCGAGGCCCCGCCCACAAGCCGCCGCUGCCCGGGGUGGCCCCCCGGGCGGCGGCCGCGCCCCACGUCCAGAGCCCCCUGGUGCUCACCGUGGGGGCCCCCGCGCCGGCGCAGCAGCCUCCAAAGCAGUCGUCGCCGGUGGCCCCCCAAGAGCAGCUCGGCCCUCCCGCCCAGCCCACGUCCCACAACCCCCCGCAGCAGGCCGCCCUGCAGCCCCCCACCACGCUGACGCCCUCCCCCGUGGUGGAGCAGGUGACGCCCUCCAUCCCCUCCCCCAUGGCCCACAACGCCCCCCUGAUGCCGGGGCCCCCGCAGGAGGAGGCCCCCGUGAAGGAGGGGCCCCCGGUCGGCCCCGAGGAGACGGAGACGACGACGACGGCGGCCGACGGCGGCGGCAAGAAGAAGAGGAGGAGCAAGGAGGACAAGAGGAAGGAGAAGGAGGACGAGAAGCAGAAGCUGAAGGAGACGAAGGAGAAGAAGGAGCGCGACAAGACGGAGAAGGAGAGGCAGAAGAAGGAGAAGGAGCGCCAGGAGAAGGAGAAGAAGAAGGAGCGGUCGGGGAAGAAGAAGACGGCCGUCGCCGCCGGACCCGAGCCCGCCGCCGGCGAGAGGAACGGAGACGGGGCCCCCAAGGACUCUGCCUAGUUUCUGUUCCUCUAUCCCCCCCUCCUCCCCCCAUCUCCCCCCCCCCACCUGCUACCACUACCACACCACAGAAGAAGAAGUGAAGGCCACUGGGGGAGGGGGGGGGGGGGGGAAAGGGAGAACAAAGGACCCUGGGACGCGGCAGGCGGGGGCUAUUACCGGGGCUGAUAAUAAUAGCAGGAGGGGGGGCUUCCUGCAGGGUGUGUCACUUCAAACACUUUAUCUCGUACUGGUAUUAUGGUUUAGAAGCACCUGGAGGCCUGGGAGGGAGGGGCUUCCUCCCCCCUUCCUCCCCCCGCUACGAUGAGGGACAGGUUUUUUUAUUGUUAUGGUUGUUAAUGUUAUUAUAAUUAUUAUUAUUAUUAUUAUUAUUGUUUCAGCUUUUCUUUUUGCACUGCGACAAACGGUCCCAGCAACAGCUCAUCUCAGAAGGCCACCCACGUGAAAUUGUGUAUUUCAUUUUAUCUUUCUUUUUUUUUUUUUUACGUUGUCUCGUUCCUCAUGACUCGAACGGGGGCCGCUGGGCUGUGGGGGGGGGGGGGGGUCCAGACUGGCCGCAGCCUCGUCGACCUAGCCCCCUGGCCCCCCCAUCCCCGCCCCCCGCCGCCACUGCGUCUUGUAAAUAGUAAAGUCUUAAUCAUGGACCCCCAUCCUGACCCCUGAAUCCGACUCAUCGCGCUCACCCUGCAGCCGUCCUAGCAGCAGCGUGGGCUUCACUCCUACGGUUGCCAUGACGGCACUGUCUCCAAACGAAGAUGAGAUCACGGGUGAGGAAUUUGGCAGCUUGGUAACUCCAUGAACACUCCUCUCGGUGGCUUCCUCGGUGUGUUUUGGGGAGCGCGUGGCGUUUAACUGCUCCGUGCACCCCGGACGCCCCGAGGAUUCGUGUCUCGUGUCUCGUGAGACCCCCCCAGUCCCGGCGUGGAGUGCGUGAGAACCGACCGCGCUCCGCGGACCUCACCAUCGACCACCUGACCUCCUGUCCUCCGUCCAAGGCUCCACCGGGACACACAGACGCCUCGACCUCCGCCCUGGUUCCACACGGACGGAGUGCAUGCAAACAUACUGAUCGAUGGCGUGACCCCGCGUGGGGAGAGAAGAGAGGGGCGAGGGAACCCGUCUCCUCUCCCAAACCCCGAAGGACUGAAGCCCACGGACGGACUGAAGCCCGCGGACGACGGACUGAAGCCCGCGGACGACGGGCUGAAGCCCGCGGACGACGGGCUGAAGCCCGCGGACGACGGGCUGAAGCCCGCGGAGGCGUCGCCGCGCCUGGGAGGACCUGUAUCUAUUUAUUCUAGUGUUCAAUGUUGUGAGUGAGUGUGUGCCUUUAGUAGUGACGUGAAAUGUAUAAUGUUGUAGUCUUCCUCCUAAUAUUCCACCCUUCCCCAAGCCACGCAAACUCCCCCCCACCUCGCGCUUCCCUAAGCCCCCCCCCGCUCUCAUCGCUGGCACCCUCACACACACUCGUCAGUCCCCUCCUGAAUUAUAUCUGCCAGUCCCCCCCCAGCCCUGUAGGCGGGGCUAAAGCUUAUUGGCCAGGAGGGGGACAGGCUCAGUGAGGGGCCAGGACGGGGCCCUUUCCAUUGUAAUUAGCGUUUGAGGGGUACUGUGAUGUCAUGGAUUGCGGUCGACCGGCCUCCUCGUCGACGCAACGCCGACUCAUGGUGAAGCCGCGCUAUGCUAACGUGAAGAUGCUAAGAUCGCUAGCGUAUCGCGGCUUCGGGGUGAUUGGAUAGGAAUAGGACCUGGACCCCCCCCCACCCCCCCCCCAGUACUAGUUAUCUACAUCUUUGUUCGUUUAUAAUGCAUCUAAAAGGAAACCAAAAACUCGUAGAUCCGUUAUGUUAUUAUAUGGCUACAGGUGUCUCACCUGGUCUCGUAACACACCUGGACACCAUUCACUGGAAACCCCUUAGGGUUAACCAGUUGGGGGGCAUGGUCAGCUCUGGGUCAUGUGAUCAGUGGCCAAUAGGGAGAGAGCAUGCGUCGGUUUCACCAACUGGCAGGCCCAUGGUUGGACUAUACCUGCGUGUAUUUCCCCCUGAAGAGACAACACUUGGGAGGCCUUUUUAAAGCUCUUUCUAUCCUAAUUUAUUUUUACUUUAGUUUAACGUGUCGUGUUCUGCGUCGGCUGCGAGCCUUGUGUUUUUAAAGCCUCUCUCGAGGGACUUCCGUGGGAGAAUCGGCCACGUUGCGACGGUGUUGGCUGUGUAGAAGAAGAAGCCGCCAUUAGCCGUGACACUUAACCCUUGUUCCCGCGGACCAAAUGUUUCAACAUAGUGUUACUUUGCUUUUAGAUGAUCAAAUGAAGGUUUCCUUUAGCCAAAUGUCGGUGUAGGUGAAGGUUGGUGUCCAGGGACUCUGGGGUGAAGGAUAACGUUUGCACUGCCCCCGUUGAGAAGAAGCCCACCCCCCAGGGUUGGUUACUCCCCUCCCUGGUCCCGGUAGCGGUCGGUCACCGGGGGCAGUUAUAACGCUGGCUCGCGUUAGCACUCUGUGCUUUUUAUUAGAAGAAGAGUAGGAAGCCACUUGAAUUAGUGCCAGGUUUGCCAAUGUAGCAUUAACCUCUGAACUUUGACCUUUUGGGCUCUUAUGUAUUUAUGUACAAAGUGGUUAAUUUAAUCAAAUAUAGUAUAUUAUGAAUUAUUAUUAUUUGCAAUUUGACUAUUUUUGUAUGUAUUGAUAACAAAACACCUGGUCGACUGGAAGGACGGACGGUUGUACACACAACACCGCCAAAGGGGAUUACAGAGUACUGUUUAUGGUUUAUAUAUUUUUAUUUUUGCACGACGUGUACUCUACAUUUACAAGGGCAAACUCCAUGCAUGUCGUUACAGCUUUUAAGUUUACAUUCAAAGUUUGUUCGGUCAUCUCUGGCUCACAAGAUUUUGUUAAAUCGCAGUAUUCGAUGGCAACAUCACAAAGAAAUGGUGUCCUCGACUCUGACAGAACAAUACAUGAUAUCUUUGGGUGUUUUUAGGCUUUUAAAUAGCAAGUUUAAGGUCUCACACUUACUGUGUAAUAAUGAUCAACGUGUGGCUUUCGUGUUAUCUCCAUGGGUCUGUUCCCGCAGAUCAAAAUGCCUGUUUUGUCGGAAAAAGUGAAGCAAAGGUAAUAACGAAACCGUUGACUAACUCCCUAAUCUCUAACGCUCUGCUCUCCUCUAAACCCCGUUUAUGAUCCAUAAAUCGCCGCUUUCUGUAUGAGAAGGAAAGUAUGGUCAGUUACUGGAAUACCAUUAGAUGAUAAUGAAGGAAGGAAUUAUAUGAGGUCUUUGUGGCUGUACUGGAAUGUACUGUACUUCAUUUUUUACUGAUCGGGGGGGGGACUUUGGUCGGAGAAGCUUCCUCAUCGCCAUCAUCGGACGUUGCCAUGGCAACUGUCGCCAUGGUUCCGUCUCGCCCUCCCCUUACCCCUCUAAGCUGGUUGGCUUCCUCCUCCUUGCUAUAAGACGGCUUUGGUAGACAGACUUUAGUGUAGUUGGUAGUAAGACCUCCUUGGACACAUCUAUGCAACAACAAAAACAUGCAAAAAAUGAUGGAAGUGGUGUCAUCAGAGUACUGUUGUUGAGGUGUGAGGCUCUCUGGGGUCAUUGCCCCUCCGAUGUCAUCGCCGCUAGCGGUGGUAGUUGAGGUUUUUCAGAAGGUAGGCCUUGGUAUUGCGACAACACCUGAGCAAUAUAUAUUUUCGUCGCCGAGUCUUUCUACUCUUUACCGCCCUCUGCAGGCGAGGAUUUCAUUCAACCAAAUCAGUGCUAAAACUCGGGUGACAGUUUGGAACGAAAACGUCCGACUCGGUUUAGUCUGGGGAAUGCCAAACUGAUGCAACUACAAAAAAAAAACAUGUAUUUAUUUUUCGGUUCUCCCCGACACCCGGUCUCUUUUUUUUUUAGGUAACGGGAAAAUGUUUGGUGCGAAAAAUUUAAACCAUAGCUAAUUGAAUUCAUUCCUUAACUGGUCAAGAUCUACACCUGAUGUAUUUAAUUGAUGGCGAUAAUGACAUUUGUGAUGAGUAAUAAACCAUAAUAUAUUAAAUCAGCUUUCUGCCGUCGUUCUUUAUUCUUGAAAAAAUGUAACCCCUUUACGUAGUAGUUUAUAUUGCUGCUGUUUGAUGUUAUAGCUGCGUGUACCUCUCCCACUUGACUUUGGUGAGUUAAAGGUGUUAGUAAUAUCUUGAGUUCCUCAUUAGAAAUAUAAAUGGGACACUAUCUCUGGGUGAACUGGUUGUGUAGCUUGACACAUUUGUCUGUAGGUUUAUUAUUUGCCCGUCAUACCCUAGACCACCUCAUUAACCAUCAGUUCUGUCUUGAUUUGAGAAGAAGAUAGUCCUUUAUUGUAAAAUGUUUACACCUAUUGAACAGCCUCCUAGGUCGAGAUAUUUUUGCUAACUUGUUGCAUAUCAGGGUUCAUAUUUUAAAGUAAAGUAUAAUUAGUUCUAAAGCCUAUUUUCAUUGAACCACCGAUCAGACACUCGUGUACAAAAGGAAAGAGGUUUUAUUCACAGUUUGUCCCUUUUUAUUCUUUACAGAGGAAAGUCGUGGUAGUGCCCGGUCGAUCUGAAACGAGACAGCUUAUGAAAAAAAAAAAAGAA